GACAGAGAACUUGUUAGUGGAUUAGAGAGGAGCUGUUUUAAAGUUUCUAUCAAGAAGGCUAGCAGAGUACAUUACUUAGCCAACGAAGAAACCUGUGAAAUACAGCGAGCAGAAGAACACGCAGCUCCAGUGCCUCCUGUUAGAGCAGAAAGGAGAGUCAACCUUGUUAAGAUGCUGAUUAUCUUCAGUGUUCUCCUAGUGGCCGGCCUCAUAUCCCUUUCUGUUUGCAAUUUCAUAAAAUUAAAUCACAAUGAGCAAGAGUUGCAGGAGUUAAGAAGUGCAAAUUACAUUCUGACCAGCAACAACACUGAACUACAAGAAAGCCGAGAUAUCCUGCAGUCUCAGUACGAAACUCUGAAUGAGAAACUUGAUGAACUGACCAAGGAGUUCAGUAAUCUGAAGGAAUUCUACUGCGAUGCUACAAACACGUCUCCCGAUAAUACUUGUUCUUUAUGUAAACCGGGUGGAAUCUUCUUCAAUUCCAAGUGUUACUUCAUUUCCACUUAUGAACAGACCUGGAAGCAGAGCCGUGAUUGGUGCAUGACAAGAGGUGGACGACUAGUGAAUAUAGAAACUGUAGAGGAGCGG